UCGCUAUUCUGCCUCAAACUUCCACACCUACCGCUUGACAGUUCACACUCCUAGGCGCCACUGCCAACCAUCUUCUCGAGCUCUGAAAUGCUAGCAACGGAGAAGGCCUGUCUUUUUCUAUUUCUUACAGUGCUCCUUCACUCUUUGAUGUUUCAAAUUUCAAUGCUUCUAUGGAUUCGUCGCUGGCUAUGCGUGCCCAUGUGUUUUAUUUUAUCAAUGACUUGUUUUGUUACUAGCGAUCCAAACGUGUGGGUGAGGCCCACGCUGCAACAUGAUUGCGACUUUUGCUCUUCAAUUCCACAUGACACGCAUAAAUCAUGCGUGAUGCCCGUUCACAAAAAGUCAAGCUGCCCGCUCUUUGAAAAUCCAUACCUAGGCGUCCGAGACACUAUGCACCUACGGAGACCACCCCAUACCCUCACACCCGAGUGAUCCAUUGCAUCAGACUUCUACAUUCUACGCUUCCUAGUAGUGAGGAAACUCUCGAUUACGGUGACUCCGUGUGUUGGCCGAGUACGGUACAUCG